CUAAUAAAAUUGGUAGAAUAAUGUUGAAUAUUUGUUUUUAUAAAUUUCAAAUCAUUGAUUAUAUCAUCUAAUUCGAUCGUAGAACAUGUGUUAAAGUUGCUUGGUGGAUUGAAUGAAAAGUUUGCAAUAAUAUGUGGUAGUUACGAGUUUAUUUGCGAGAUCGUUUUUAACUGUAACUGAUUGUUAUUUUGGUCAAAAUAUUUUAGAUACGAAAAGAUGGGUGGAUUGGUUGGUAAAAUGAAACAAUCAAUGAAUAGAUUUAAUAUAGAAAAUCGUGCAAAUGCUGUUAUUUCAAGUAGUAAAAUAAUUCCUGCUCCUAAACCUGCUGGUGCAAUAAAGCAAUUGAAAGUAGCUCAAGAAUUAAAUCCAGAUUUUUUGAAGGAACAUUACGAAAAGGAUUUAAAACUUGAUGAACAUUUAAAAAAUGUUUAUGUAACAUCUACGGGAACAAAGAUGGAUACAUUGGAUCAACCAAAUCCUGAUAGACCAUUACCUAUAUCGAGAACCUCUGAAGACUUUGAAUUUGGAUUUUAUAUGCCAAACUCUGUUCCAGUAGGAAAACUAACCCUGAAAGAGAUAUUCCAAAUUAUUAUUGAGCAUAAAGAAGAUUCUGUUAAAAAUAGUAGUGAUAUUUUAGCUACGAAAUAUAAAUUAGACAAAGAAACAAUAGAAAAAUUAUUGGAAUAUUACAAGUUGUAUCAAUUAGUAUUUCCUAAAGAAAAUAUUGAUAAUAAAUUCAAAUUUUCUAUUGAUAAGAUAAAACAAUUUACAAAGGGAUUUAUGCAAUUGAAAGAGGAUUAUGAAAAUGAACAGGCGAAAAUAAACAAACUAAAAGAAAUAACUGCAUACGAAAAUAAAAAAUUAAAGAAAUAAGAAAAGAUACAAUUAAUUACUGAAGUGUAUAUUAUUUAAUAAAAUUAAUUAUAUUGAAAUGUACAUUUUAUGUGAUCUAUAAAAAUGAUAGGUAAUGCGUGUGAUUAAAUAUAAUUAGUUUUAAUUAUAAUAAGAGUUAUAUAACAUUAAGUAUACAUCAUAUUUGGAUUUUUAGCAAACAUUCAAAUUCAAAAAUUCAAAUAUUUCGUAUUCAAAAUGGAGUUAUAAGACAUACAUAAAUCUUGUACAGGAUAUCGAAGGUAAAUAUAAAUUAUUUUUUUAUGAAAUAUAGGUGCAGAGAAGAAAUGUAUAUAUUUUACAUAUUCAUAUAUUUAUUGCAAUUAUGUAUCACAGUAAAAUUAUAAUAAUACUUAAAUAUAGCUUUCAAUAAAUAGUUUAGCUAAUCACAUAGAUUUUUAUAGACUGAUUAAAAUUCUUAUUAAAGUCAGUCCAAUUGUACUUGUACUUUACAUAUGGAACACACAAUAUAUAGGUCUCCAUUUUUUUUUUUUUUCUAAACAUAUCUAUUAUCAUUGUACUAUCAUGUGUGUACAUUGUUAUGUUACAAUUAUUGACACAAAUUAAAGUAUCUGUUUUUCUAAUCCAAUAUAGAAUGUAUAUUUUAUUUGUUUUAUAUUAUAUUAAAUAAUUUUAUAUAUAUUCAAGAUUUUUUUAAGUAGAACAAUAAAUAAACCUUUGUAUUAACUGUAAAUCGUUGCAAAAUCUGAAACGUAAAAAGUUAUGUAUCAAUUAAUACGUAGUAAUCUAAGAAUAUUUUUAAAUAAAAAUGAUAAAAAUUAUUAAAAAGAUACAUUUACGUACUUAAAAUAAUAUUGUAGAUAAUCGUAAUGGUCACUAAUACAUGAAUCUCUUUAAAUGUAGAAGAAUUGGAAUGAGAACGUGCGAGAAGAAUGUCCUUGUUGACUUUACCCCAUUCAGGAAUGUCUUUUGUCUUGUCCAUCAUCCAAUAAAAGCCUUUCAUUCUUAAA